AUGGGUCACGGAGACAGACGCCAAAUUGCCCGGCAGUCAGUUUUCUUUGGCGAUGUUUUUUUCGUCCGAAAUUCUUUCCCGGCCAAGUGGAAAGUUCUCUCUAAUAUGGAUGACGGCAACGAAAGUCAAGCGUUUGUCUGUCAGGCAGAUUUGGAGCGUCAACAUCGAAAGGAAGUGCCACCUGCCACUCAUGAUAUUGACGCUCUCGCAAAUUAUACCGGCUCGGCCGUUGCACCGGUUACCAAUGGCCGCGCAGGCUGUUGGGGGUCUGAGGCAGACGGCGAAAAGUCGACGAUCAGAGCCUGUUCACCGCAUUGUGGCAGCAAGAAGUACAGCAGCAUAACAAUGGCUGCUGACGGUCGACGAAACGACGGCGAACAUACCAAUAAGCAGCGCAGUCGCUACCCGUUCUGA